AUGGCCCCGCAAACAUUCGAUCAGAAAACAUCGGAUUUCUUCAGCUGGUUCAGGGCCCAACCAGGAACCACCUUCCACGAUGACAUCGAGAUACAAGACCUGCGAGGCAAAGGAGCAGGCCGUGGCAUAGUCGCCAAAGCCGACAUUUCCCCGGACACGGUCCUCUUCACAAUCCCCCGCAAAUCUAUCAUCUGCACCAACACAUCGUCACUGGCCACCAGGGUCCCCGGCCUGUUCGGCCCGCCUGAGGAGCAGAAUGGCGCUGACCAGGACAUGGACGUUGGAGACGAGGAGGGUCGGGAUGACAGCGACGAUGAGAACGACACGUCCCAGGACUCGUGGACCUCGCUCAUCCUGGUCCUCAUCUACGAGUACUUCCAGGGUGUCGACUCACCGUGGAAGCCCUACUUGGAGGUACUUCCGUCCAUCAGCGACUUCAGCACGCCCAUGUUCUGGGCCGCCGACGAGCUGGCCGAGCUGCAGGCCAGCCCCGUCGCAAGCAAGGUAGGCAGAGACGAGGCGGAUAAGAUGAUGCGGAAAAAGGUCGUGCCUGUCGUCCGGGCUCAUAGCGACGUCUUCUUUCCCGCGGGCUCGCCAGAUCUGAGCGACGACCAGCUCGUCCAGCUCGCCUUCAGGAUGGGCAGCAUCAUCAUGGCGUACGCGUUUGAUCUGGAGAAGGAAGACGACGAGGAGCGGGACGAAGAGGAGGAGGAAGACGAGUGGGUUGAGGACCGCGAGGGCAAAACGAUGCUCGGAAUGGUCCCUAUGGCGGACAUCCUCAACGCCGAUGCUACCUUUAAUGCACACAUCGAGCAUGGCGAGCAAGCGCUCACUGCUACCGCACUACGACCAAUCGCCAAAGGCGAGGAAAUUUUCAACUACUACGGGCCUCUAAGCAAUGGCGAGCUGUUGCGGCGGUAUGGCUACACUACAGUCACGCACAGGCGGUGGAACCUCGUUGAUCUCGCGUGGGAGACCGUGGUCGCGGCCCUGAAGGCUGAGUUGCCGCUACCAGCGAAGGACUGGGAGAAGGCUCUCGGCGCGCUGGACGAGGACGAGCUGGAGGACGGUUUUGUAAUUGAGCGCGGGGCGGACGACCCCGACUCAGAGGGCAGGGUGAGCAAGGUCGAGAAGAAAGCGGAUGCGCCCGAGGAGCUGGUUGAACAGCUCAAGGUUGUGCUCAAGGCCGUCAAGAAGGUCAAGCCCGAGGCGGUGCCUGACAAGGCUGCCCGGGAUAAGGUACUUUAUUCUGCUAUCGCCAGGGCAUUGGAGGAGAGGAUAGGGCAGUAUGGCACGACGUUGGAGCAGGAUUUGAAGCAAUACGAGGAGGAUGUCGACGGCUCAGAUCGGAAGUUGAUGCGACAGCGAAUGGCCUUGGAUGUAAGGAUAGGAGAGAAGGUACUUCUGGGACAUGCAGCAGACUCGGUAAAGGCGAAGCUGGCCGAGUUGGCGAAGGCCGAGAGUGAUGGUGAAAAGCCCAGCGCUAAGCGAAGGAGGGUGUGA